AUGGAGUAUUACCGCGAUACAUGGAAGCUCGACAACAAGCCCGAAAAGCGACUCAAAGUCGUCAUUGUCGGUGCUGGAAUCGCAGGACUCGUAGCCGGCCUGGGCCUGAAACAAUCGGGACAUGAUGUCGUUGUUCUGGAGCAAGCGCAAGAAAUCGCUGAAGUGGGAGCAGGCAUCCAGAUGGCCCCAAACAAUAUGAGAAUCCUCGGACGUCUUGGCGUCCUGCCCGAGGUCGUGAAGUACUGCAAUUUCAUGGAGAAGAACUCACUUCGUCGCUGGAAGGACAACUCCGAGCUGGGAAUUGCACCGCUCAUGCCGUCGAUUGCGGAAUUAUACGGCGCCCCUCUCGGAGUUAUUCAUCGCGGCGAUCUUCAGCGAGUGCUUCUCCAGUGUGCAAAGGCCUCAGAUGUCGAUAUCAGGACGGGCCACAAGGUUGUCAGAGUGGACGAGAACUUCGAGGCACGAGUGCAGCUGGUCAGCGGUGAAUGGAUUGAAGGCGAUGUGGUCGUGGCCGCAGACGGCAUCAAAAGCUCCGUCCGAGCGCAGAUUGCCGCGCAUCACAGCUACAAGGACCAUUCCACGUCAACAGGUGACUCCGCAUAUCGGAUCAUGAUUCCCAAGGAGAAGCUGGAGCACGACGAGUACGCACUGAAGCUUCUGAAGGAGAAUGUGGGCAUGCGAUGGAUGGGGCCAGGUGGGCACAUUAUGGCGUAUCCAGUGAAGAACAACACAGUGUACAAUAUUGUCUUGUUGCACCCGCAGAAGGAAGACCUCGACUCACACGAAGCAGCAUCCUGGACCAGGAAAGGCGACAAGCAAGAAAUGCUUGACUUCUACCGAGAUUGGUGUCCGGAGGUUCAGAAUCUGCUUUCCUACGUACCGGAUGGCGAUGUGAUGGAAUGGACAUUGAACUCACACAACCCAUUGCCAUCAUGGGUAGAGAAUCGUGUGGUAUUGAUUGGCGACGCAAGCCAUCCAAUGUUACCUUACGUCGCGCAAGGAGCUGCGCAAGCCAUCGAAGACGGCGGAGUCCUGCAGUGCGUACUUACCAAGAGCAGCGCGGACAUCCCUCUAGCGCUGGCCGUCUUCCAGUCAGUCCGCAAAGCUCGAGCAGAGGCCGUCCAAGGCUCGGCCGCAGCGACUCGCAAAGCUCUUCAUCUUCCUGAUGGACCUGAGCAGCAGGAGCGAGACCGGAAGAUCAUGGAUGCUGGCAAGGGAAGCAGCGAGAAUCCAGAUCUGUGGGCAGACAAGACUUUCCAGGAGUUCAUCUGGGGAACAGAUGUAAUGCGUGAGACUAUUGUGCGAUGGCCAGAGCACAAGGCGCGGGCUGAGGGUAGCCAUUUGCAUAACUUGGUUGCAGUGGCUCAUUUAUGA